AUGGCAACACCUUUUCUUGACCUAGAUUAUCCUCGCUGGAACAAUUCAGUACUAGACCAGAAAUACUUUCGUUGGAACAAACUGUUUGAUACGAUGAACUUUGAUGACGAUGAAUCUCUGGGAAAGAUACUUCAAGCUGCUGGUGCAGCAGAAAGAUUUCAUCCUUUCAACCUCAAGCUGAUUGAAGGUACCGACUUGAACGAAUUUGAAAUGGUUGCAGUUCGCGACCUUUCGUAUGCGUUCAAUCGCAAUUUUUUCUGCCGUGAUGUAGUGCGCCACCUCAUAUUGUUCUCCAGAUACGAGGAUAAAGUCUUCACUCUCGGGAAAGCAACAAAGCUUUGCACGGAUAUACUCAAAAUCACCAAAUUAAGUCCUGUACGUCAGCCAGAUAUGUAUCUCAAGAUUCGAAGAGAAUUCUGUCGAUUAGCGCCAGACCUGGAAAAUCUUGAUGAAGAUGAAGCGGAGGCAGAAUUAGAUCGAUGGGCAAGAUGGAGGUAUCAUGAAACACGGGUCGUCACGGGACUUGGGAUAAGACAAUCUGCUCAGGGACAGGACGAUGAUCCAGCAUCUCCUGAAAGCAUGAACGCCAAUGUUGAGAAUAGCCGGGAAGUAACAUCUGUGAGAAAUACAACAGAAGGCGAGUUACUUGAGGCGGCUAAGGUUCUCGUUUCGAUGAGCUCACAGGGAAUUGCAGAUGGCCUGGUUGUGACUCCUGUUCCAACUCCACAGACUCAAAUUUCCAAUAAAAGAAAGCGCGAUGAGACAUCUAGUGACCCAGAUAAUGAAUAA